AUGUCGCAGUUAUCUGCUGUCAUGCCACAGGCAACCGCUGCUGACGUCAUGGAAGUCGAGGACGGACCCACGGAACUGAAACCAGACGGGGAUCCAUCAAUCAGUCUGAAUCCCAAUGCUGUCAGUCCAAGACAAUUUGUCGACUACGCCACC